AUGUCCACCAAGGUCGAAGACAACUCCGCCACCAGCAACGCCUCUGCGUCUGCUGCCCCUGCUGCGGCGACGUCGACCUCGGCCCCUGACGAGACGCCCAACGUCGGCGCGCUCUCGCUCGAGGAUGACGCCAACAACGACGCCAACAAUGCCAACAACGCCGAUGAGGGUCUCACCCUUCGUGCGCUCGUUAGCUCCAAGGAAGCUGGUGAGUUGCAGCGCUUGAUCCUCUCCUUGUAGUGGCCCGUGGUCACUCUUCUGUCUCUGUCGACCACGACGCAACGAGUUCGCCGGCGGGCGCUUCGCACACGGCGCAAAAGCACGUGCAUCUCCGACGUCUGAACGCAUAAAGAUGCACUUGUGAUGCAACGGCAACUGUCAUUGCCAUCUCAUACAACCAAGAUGUCUUUUCCACCUCAUUCUAUACAUCCGAUGCUGACCAUGGCUUGUCCUCCUGAACUCCUCCGCUUCCCCGCGUCUCGUCUUCCACCACUUCGCAUCACUCGCAACACCUACCUUCCUGCCACUACCAGGUGUCAUCAUCGGCCGAGGGGGUGCUACGAUCGCAACGAUCCGCCAAGACUCGAACGUGAAGGCCGGCGUGUCCAAGGUCGUGCCUGGCAUCGUCGACCGCGUGCUCUCCGUCGGUGGUUCCGUCGAUGGCGUAGCCAAGGCAAGCCUUGCUUUGCGCACCCAAUGGGUCUUGAUGGACUGAGCUGAUCCGGUCUGACCCUGCCCUGUUUUGAAACAGGCCUACUCUCUCGUUGCGCAAACGAUCCUCGAGAACCCCGUCCCCGCCCCCGGUGCCGCCGAUGCCCCGACGGCCCCCACUUCGACGACGACGACCGUGCGCUUGCUCAUCUCGCACUUGCUCAUCGGUUCCGUCAUCGGCAAGGGUGGAGCCAAGAUCCGUCAGAUUCAGGACGUAUCCGGCGCGCGCAUGGUCGCGAGUAAGGAGAUGCUCCCGCAGUCGACCGAGCGCGUCGUCGAAGUCUCGGGUGCGCCUGAGGCGAUCCGUCUCGCCGUCAGUGAGAUCGCCAAGUGCCUCAUCGAGGACUGGGACCGCUCGCAAGGCACUGUCCUGUACCACCCUGGAUCGGAGGGUAUCGGUCACGGCGGUGCGAUCGGCAACGGCUUCCCCGCCGGCGCAUCCUUGUUCGCCGUCGGCGGCAACCGUCGUGCCUCGAGUGGCAACCAUGCCGGUGGCUACAACGGUGGCAACCAACGUCGCGUCUCGAACGGAAUCGAAAGUGGUGUCCUCGGCAACGCCGGUGGCGCUCCUUCCCCUCAAGCCCGUCGUGUCUCUGGUAACGGAGCCGGUGGUGCGACGCCCUCCUCCGCUCCUUCCGCGAACGAGUCCGACCCCAACUUCCGCGAACAAAAAAUUUCGAUUCCGAGUGACAUGGUCGGUUGCAUCAUCGGCCGCGGCGGAACCAAGAUCAACGAGAUUCGUCGCUUGAGCGGCUCCAAGAUCUCGAUCGCCAAGACGGCGCAUGACGAUACGGGCGAAAGGAUGUUCGUCAUCUCGGGCUUGCCGGAACAUAACGAGAAGGCAUUGUUCUUACUCUACAACCAGUUGGAGAAUGAGAAGAACCGAAGGCUCAGUGCGCAGGAGGAGGGCGAGGGAGCGCAGGAAGCCUAG